AUGACAGUAAUCGUGAGAACCCCAGAAGGAAAGCUGUGCCUCUUUGUGAAAGGAGCUGAUGUCAAAAUAAUGGAGAUGCUAAGUCCGUCGAGUGAUCCAAAAGUCAGAAGCACCACUCAAGCCCAUCUGAAAGAGUUUGCAAACUUAGGCUAUCGAACCCUUUGCUUUGCCUAUCGUGAUUUGGAUGAAGAAGAAUAUCGAAAUUGGGCGCAAAUCUGGAGUCGGGCAAACUGUGAACUGUAUGAUCGAGAAGAGGCAAUUGAAAAAGCCGCCAAGAUUGUUGAAAAGGAAUUUAUUUUGUUGGGAGCAUCGGCCAUCGAGGAUAAAUUGCAAGAACGAGUGCCACAAACGAUCGCUCGAAUGCUACAGGCGGACAUUCGUGUUUGGGUAUUGACGGGUGACAAACUUGAAACUGCGCUAAACAUUGGCUAUUCUUGUUCAUUGAUAUCAUCAAAAAUGCCGACGAUGAUACUGGCAACAAACACUGAAGAAGAAACGGCUGCACAAUUAGAAAAAUACGUAAAUGCUUUGGGAUCAAAACGACUGGAUAGUCGUGACGUUGAGUUAGCCUUGAUUGUGGAUGCAAUGUGUUUGGACUGGAUACUGAAGUCGCAAGUUAUGCGUAUGGACUUUCUUCGGCUAGCCUUGUGCUGCUCAGCUGUGAUUUGCUGUAGAUGCACUCCUCUUCAAAAGGCAGCAGUGACCCGUCUCGUUAAACACAAUGUUGAUGGACAAGUUCUGGCAGUUGGCGACGGUGCAAACGAUGUGGCAAUGAUACAGGAGGCGAACAUUGGUAUUGGAAUAGCCGGUGUUGAAGGCGGACAAGCAUCCAUGGCUGCAGAUUUUGCCAUUACUCAAUUCCGGCAUUUGGACAGGCUAUUGUUUGUUCACGGGACAUGUUGCUUUCAUCGAAUCACCACGGUGGUCUUGUUUUCUCUGUACAAGAACCUGUUUGAAGUGUUGCUUCAUGUAUUAUACGCUUUUUACAAUGGCCACUCGGCUAGUGGCAUGUCGGAUGAGGUUUUGAUGGUCAGAUACAACUUGCUUUAUACGAGUGUAACGGUGGCAAUCCUCGGCAUUCACGAUACACCAGCGCCCUUGCACGUAAUGUCAAAGUAUCCGCGACUUUACACACAUUUCCAAGACAACAUGAACAUUCGGAAUCAUUUAUCGUGGUCAGCAAAUGCCUUAUUGCACGCAUUUCUUCUAUUUCACACAACACUCUAUUUUUGGAAAUAUGGAACAGGCGCGUUUCGAAACGGACGGGAUGGUUGGGGGCAAAUGGUCGGAUCUUAUAUGUAUUUGUGUCUCGUGGUGAUUGUCAAUCUGAAAGCGAUGAUUGAAAGUCGAUCAAUUAAUAUUCUGACGGUUGCUGGAUUUUUGGGCUCGAUUUUGACGGCUUUGAUUAUGCUGGCCACGGAUUCGGUUGUUGCUACUUUAUGGUCAUUCCCAAUAGUAAUACCGAGCCAAGCACAUUAUCUGGGUUUACUCUGGGCUCUUCCAAGUGUACAAACGACUGCUUUUCUUCCACUCAUUUGCGUCAUUUGUCUGCUUCCAGAUGUUGCUUGGAAAGCUAUAAGCCGAACUUUGGAUCCAUCACUCUUACAACAUGUCGUGCAAUCGAUGAAGGUCAAUGAUAAUGUGCUCGAUAUGGUCAUCAAGCAACCACUCAUCAAAAUCGCAGAUGUUGUUGGAUUAAAGUCGCAUUUGGAGAGUGGAAAAUAUGGCUUCAUGUUUGCUCAAGACGACGGUCAUGUAAUGACUCAAGCAGAUUUGCUACGGAUGUAUGGCGCUGCAGAUUGUAUUCCCGAGACUCAAACACCUGCUUCUCCAGUUGGAAAAACGACGUUUUUAUCGGAAACGAGUUCACUCAAAUCGUUAUCAUUGGGAGCAGACGGACCUUCAAACGAAAACCGAGAAUCUCGAUUAACUACUAAAGAUAGUGGAGCAAAAUGUGUGGUCUUGGACGAGACUGGUUGUGUAAAUCAAGCGAUCUCCCAU